CCGUUCGAUGACAUAUUUCGGGAAAUUACUUACGUCCAGUCGUACGACCUCACAUACCAUACAUAAAUUGAGGGCUUUGAGAAAGUCCAAAAUCGCCAUCCAUACGGUAUUUGGGGAGUUUCGCAAGUGCGGUAAUCACGUGAUAAGAAAGACAGAGUUCAUGAACAAUUUAGAAACUUCCCACCGCUACAUUUUAGACCACAUUAAAAACAAUAGGAUAAGUAACAACAUAGUUCUCGAUCGCAUAGCCAAUGAGUUAGAAGAAGUUAAAACCAUCAAACGACGCAAAUUGGAAUACUUUCGUCAAAUCAUAAGGCACCAAGAGAAAUACGCAAUCUUACAUCUCAUUAUGGAAGGAAAAAUCCUGGUCAGGCGUGGUCCAGGAAGAAGGAGAACAUCGUGGUUGAAGAAUUUGAGGCAAUGGUACGGCAAAUCUGCAGUCCAACUUUUCCGAGCAGCUGUCAAUAAAGCAAAAGUUGUCAACAUGACAGCACAUAAUGAUGACCAACGAUCGUUAAACGGGCAUGGUACCAGAAGAGGAAGAAGAAAAAUCUGCAACUUCGAAUUGAGUUCGUAGCCAAUUUCGACGGCUUCGAAGAGGCUAUAUCAGCUUUGGAGCAAACGUCUCCGUACCUUUCUCUAAUUCGGGACACCUUCACCGUACUACAACAGCGAGAGGAAGAAGGCGAAGGCCGCUGUUCUUUGGCUACCUUCGAUGACGACUGGCGGCAGCACGUAGAUUCAACGGCCGUCGCCUAUCUACAGGAAGUGAUAUCUGCGAGACAGUCCUGGAAGGAGGAUCCUUCCCAAGGAUGCCGCCCCUCGAAUGUACGACGCCGAGCUAAAACUGAAAUACUUUAACGACGGGACGACAAGACUGCUAGAGUACAACACACUGAAAUCACUGAUGUGUUCCUGUAGCCUCGUCCCCGACGAUGACGACAACGACGACGAAGGUGAACAUCAACGAGGCUUACUGAGAUACGCAGUGAUGGACUACGACCCAGACCACGUACUCACUAGAACAUUCACCUUCCAAGCUAUGAAAUUCUACCACUCAAACAUACAGACGUACUUGACGGCCGCGGACAAGUACUACACAAUAACGAGACUGCACAUUGUGCUGAUGAAGGCAAUAGCCCACUUGUUCUUCAGAAAAUACGGACCCAACCUAACUUCAUGGACGCGACUGAAUACGAAAGACUUUGGAUCGACGCACGUAAGACACAUUUACGGAAGACGCAGACGGGAUUACGACCGUCGAUGGCGAGACAUUAAAGUUAAUUUCUCGAACUUAUUCUUCUCGAAUAACUACUGACAGAAGUUACAACGUUAGAAAAUGUACUAUCCUCACAGAAUACUACCUAGAUUCUAAUUUUUGUCUAAGUUGAUCAUAAUCAUUCUAGAGGAAGUUUGAAAUUUUCUUAAUUAAAAGUGUUUUGUUGAAUCCAAGGCUUUAUAUUUUAAUGAAUCAUUCAGUUGGGAUCCUGUAUCUAAAGAUUUCCAGGAUUCUCCCUGAAAUAACAAAAGCCAUUUCUUAUAUCUUAUGUUACAGGUUGGUUGAAGAUUUCUUCAUUAUGUUGAGAUUAUUGUUUUCUUCCAACUAUUUCGUGUUUGACAGUGAAUAUUUCUUCAGUUAUUUCUUCAUUGAAGUUUAUGCAUUUUCAGAAAAGAAAGACCUUGGUGAUAUAGAUCUGAGAUCUCUCCUUGAUUCCAUAAUUAACACUCAAGUUGAGCAUUCCAUUUCUUUAGAAAUAAAACAAAUGCUGGCGAAGGAAAAACAAAGUGUUGAGACAAAUGAGGUCGAGAUGAUGUUCGAUUUUGAUCUCCCCUGUGAUUCCUUGGACUCCUUGGAGAGUCUGGAGUCUUACGUACACACCCAUCGCUCACAGUUUGGGUUAAGUUCCUUCAAAAGAUUGGAGGGAAUGAUGGGAGAGACCAUAGACUUAUAAUACAUGGACUCACUGUCACGUGACUUUUCAGUAGAUCGAGGGGUUGUAUGCAUUAGAGAGAGAAGGGCU